AUGUACGAAGGGAUUGACAACCUGAAAUCCCUUUACGACCGUGCCAGGAAGACUUUCUCCGGCGGUCCUUCUGCGGCACAGGAUGUGCCGCGUCGUACUGCUCAACCAGACCCAGUACGUCGAUCAUCAGUUGGGAGCGGGGCUCCCAAGAAUCCCAGGACGGGGGAUAGCCGCGCCACCGGACGAGAUAACUCGUCCGACGUCCGUUCACGUCGCGGUGGUUCAACAGCUGCUCAACUAGAUAGCGCUGGCCACCGCGAGAGUCCUCUAAUGGAGGUGGAGGAGGAGGAAAGACGCUCUCCACACGAUCAUGUGGAUCGGUGUGUUCCCGAGAGCUUCUUUGAUCGCUUAACGCAAGGGUUACGCGACGAUCUCGAACAUGAGCGGAAUAGGCGUCUCCAAAUGGCGGACACUGUCUUGAAGCAUUGA